CUGACUGAUAUGUCGGGUGGAUCUGGUAGCCAGCUGCCUGGUGUUUUGUUGUUUCUCUCCAGUCUAUCAGCGUUGGUAGCUACAGCUAUUAGCUUCGUCGGUAUAAGAACGCAUUUGGGUAACUAUCGCAUGCCACUAUUGCAAAGAUUUACAGUUAGAAUACUCGUAAUGGUGCCAGUAUAUUCACUCGCCUCACUUAUAUCACUAUUCUCCCUCGAUGCAGCAUAUUGGAUUGACGUCGGCAGGGAUCUAUACGAAGCUUUCGUCAUUUACUGUUUUUUCAACCUUUUGGUAGAGUAUCUCGGUGGAGAACGACAGCUUAUCAUUUCCUUGAUGGGUAGACAAUCAACGGCACACAUGAUGCCUGUAUCGUUAUUCCAGGAAUCAAUGGAUGUUUCUGACCCAUACAGUUUCCUUUUCUUGAAACGUGGUAUAUUGCAAUACGCAUGGGUGAAACCUCUGCUAGCAAUCCUCACGUUGGUGCUCAAGUUAACCGGGAAGUACGAUGAUGGUCUCAUAGCUUGGAAUACGGGCUACACUUACGUACAACUUAUAUACAAUGCCUCGAUAUGCACUGCACUCUAUUGUCUCGCCAUGUUCUGGGUUACUGUCAACGAUGACCUUAAAGCUUUCCGUCCUGUCCCCAAGUUCUUGUCAGUGAAGGGCAUCCUCUUUGCGACAUUCUGGCAAGGUCUCUUGGUAUCUUUCUUGGUAGCAAUCGGUGCAAUUUCUAAGCUCGGCCCAUAUACAGACCCAGAGCACAUUUCACUAGCCAUUGGGGAUAUAUUGAUAUGUUUUGAGAUGCCAUUUUUCGCAUUACUCCACUUAUUUGCAUUCUCAAGUGAUGAUUAUAUUCCCAAGAAGACGUACCAUUCGUCGAGGUUACCACUGGGAUAUGCGUUCAGAGAUUCAUUCUCUAUGAAAGACGUUUUUAUCGAUUCGAUUCAGACGCUCAAAGGCGUUGGAUUUGAUUAUAAAGAGUUCGAACCUGUUGCUGCUAAUAAGAUACACCAAGGGAAGGCGAGAGAUAGACGUUUAGGUGCUGGUUUGAGGUACUCCGAGAGAGGUACUCAAAAGUAUUGGGUUGGUGGAACGAAUGGAGAAGGAACUUCUCGUCAAGUAAACUACAAUUCGAUAGAUAACAGCAACACACCCAUACAAGCACAUAUGAAUAGGCGGUAUAAUUUUAUUGAUGAUUUAGUGAAAUUGGAGUUUGAUGAUAUAAGCAAUGCUGAAGAAAGAUUAUACACUGAAUCAAGGAGGUUACCGUACGGUGAUUACAACUAUCCAAAUAUAGACGUAUCGCGCGAAGAAGAGACACGCCUACGAAGAGACAUAGAGAAUCAAGUUUUAGCUAACAAGAGUAGCGCAGCCAGUCGGCUUCUAUCGCCAAACCAAUCGCGAGAUAUCGAUGCUGAGCAGAGAGGUCGGGAGGGAGUGCGCACUCGUAAAAGCCUCAGUAAUAUAAAUGAAAGUAUACCCAAUAUUGAAGUUAAUGAGGAGCAUGAAGAUGAUAAUGAAGAUGAUGACAACGAGAAUGACACAACAAUUGCACAAAAUCAUCCAGAAAGUUAUUCGUUUAGUUAUCGAGAACCAAAUCCUUGGGAUUAAGAUAUAUGCAAAAACAAAAUGUAAAAAUGUCUAAUAAAUUGUGGUCUACCUGUUAAAACCUCUCCUCAUUUGAGAAUUUCUCCGGUUUACCGCCAAUUGCUUGUGUUACGCCUGAAUUUUUCAGAAGGUAUGCAUAUUUUGGUUCAAUGAAUAGUGAAUCAGCGUCAGCAUAGAGUUUACCCUCCAAAUCCGUUAUUGAAGCUUGUACGAAGGCUUUCCUACCAUCCAACUUCUUUAACGUGCUUUUGAUGACGACAAAUUGAUCAGCUUUUAGUGGUGCCCUGUAAUUUACUUUGAGAUUUGCAGUAACGCCAAUUUUGUUGGGCAAUGAUAAAAUAGCAGUUCUUGCUAGACUCUCGUCGAAGAGUGUAGCGAUAAGACCACCGUGUGUUAUACCAUCAUGUCCACAAAGUCCUCUGCCAACGUGAAGUGUUAUAAUUGCCUCACUUUCGUCCCAUUUUGAGAAAACAAUAGGUGGUAAUGUCAAUCUGCCGGGAGCACGUAACGCACCUGCAGUUAGGCUAUUAACACGUCUCUCAUCCGGUAAAUUAGCAUAAGGGCGUGACUCGUAGUAUUCAUUAUCAUUGCGUAGUUCUUUUACGUGUUUCAAUUCCUGCAAUUGGGAUUCCAAGUUGGAAGUGAAGGCCGCACCUUCUGGGGUAUGAGAUGGUGGUGCAGGUGGAGAGGGACGUGGAUAUAACAAUGUGAGUAUCGUAGGUGGUGCCAUAGAGCCACUAGCAUAUCCUCCUAAGAAUGCACUGAUUGCACCACCAAUUACCCAAGCAGACGUGCUAACUUUCCGUGGCUUUUGCUGCUCAGUUGAUAGCGUUCUUAGCUGAGUUAUUCUGUGGGUAUUUCUUAUCG